GAUUAACACAUGUUUCAUGUUUAGCUUCGUAAGAUUGCAGAUGAAGACUAGUUUUAAAGGAAAUACGAAUAAAAUGAAUGCAUCACACAAAGCUCUUUUUCUCGGGCGGGGUUUGUGAUGAUUUCGCCCGGCGCUGCAGUGGAGCGUCCCCUGCUGUUCUCUUCAGUCUCCGGGAUGCAGAGUCGGUCCACCGAGGGGUUUGUCGGACGGUGCGGUUCCCACUCUCUCUUCCUCUGAAAUCAAAGGACUUCUUUAUGUGCACACUGCAGAACCAGAGGUUAUGAAGUUUUGUGCCUGAAAGAUCCGUCAUUCUACAGUAAUCGGAUAGAGGACUCCAAUGAUGAUAGAUUUGUGAGUAGCUUCCAAUGGCUCAGAGCAGCAUGACCACAGCAGAGCCUCACGCUUCAGCUCCACGCUCUUGCCCUGCCAUCUACCCCAACCCCGAGCACACCGAUGAGGACUAUGAAGAGCAUCAGGACGCUGAUGUGUCCCAACACCCCUACCACAACCAAGAAGAACCAGACUUGACAGACAGCAGACCAACCACACCCACCACUCUAGACCAUGCCCACACAGACUACCACAGCCAUCCGGACAGUCUGGAUGGAGACUCUAGCUCAGACUACAUCAACAAUACAUCUGAUGAAGAGGAGGACGAUUACGACGAAGGGCUGCCAGAGGAGGACGAAGGUGUGACAUAUUAUAUCCGCUAUUGCCCUGAGGAUGACAGCUACCUGGAAAGCAUGGACUGUAACGAGCCAGAGUAUGGACACCCAGACGGUUGCAUGGAGCCUCCUCCAGACACAGAUGAGUGCCAUAAGGCAGAUGAGGAAUGGGUGGAGGGAGUGAAAAAUGGACAUGGUGAUGGAGAGGUGCGUUGUGAAGUGCUAGAUCAGGAUUCUGACCAGCAGUUAUACGAUGGCAGACCUGAACCUGUCCUUGAUCACCACCACCACAGACACUACCCAGAUCCCCACCAGGACCAGCCUCCACCUCCAGCUGAAUAUCAGGAGGCACAGGAUGUCGAGGAGAGUGAGGGCUACUGCCUUGAUCAGGAGGAAGAACCACAUGUGGGGCAAGACAGAGAUGCCUACACAGGUGACUACUAUGUCUCAGAGGACAAUGGGAACUCUGUGCGAGCGUCACCCUAUCGGGUACAUAAGGGCACAGAGGGGGAGACAGGAGAGGAUGCAGAGGAGGAUAUUGAUCAGAUAGUGGCAGAGAUUAAGAUGAGUAUGAGUAUGGGCAGUCUUAGCAGUGGCACUGAUCAAAGCCCAGAGGAACUGGCACCUGAUCCAGAACCUAGUGGGUAUCUGCCAGAGACAAACUCCAAGCUUGAACCCAUUUCAUGCCCUCAGCCUCACCGUCAUGAUGGCAGGCCUAAAUCCCUCAACAUCCCCCCUGCCCGACACAACUCAGAUCUCCAGAGGAGCUUUAAGGUGCGAGCUCACACACCAGAUGAGAGACAGAGAUGGAUGCAGGACCAAGUCAGAGAGCAGGUGUCUAAUAGUGCAGAACAGCCAAGGAAGCAGCAGCGGUCUGAUCUGAAUGGACCGCUGGAGAACAACAAUGUCCCUGAGCCAACAAAGAAGACGACCUCAUUUCCCAGCUUCGUGGAUGUGCCUGGCCCCUGUGAGCCUGAGGACCUCAUUGAUGGGAUUAUCUUCGCCGCAAACUACCUCGGCUCCACUCAGCUCCUGUCGGAAAGAAAUCCAUCCAAAAACAUCAGGAUGAUGCAGGCCCAGGAGGCAGUGAGCCGGGUCAAGAGGGUACAGAAGGCAGCCAAAAUCAAGAAAAAGGCGAGCCCAGAGGGAGAUGCUCAGACUUUGACAGAGGUGGAUCUUUUCAUCUCAACUCAAAGGAUCAAAGUAUUGAAUGCAGACUCCCAGGAGACCAUGAUGGAUAACGCAUUGCGCACCAUCUCAUACAUCGCUGACAUCGGGAACAUUGUGGUUUUGAUGGCGAGACGCCGCAUGCCACGCACCGCCUCGCAGGACUGUAUCGAGACAACUCCUGGAGCCCCUGAGGGCAAGAAGCAGUACAAAAUGAUUUGCCACGUGUUUGAGUCAGAAGAUGCCCAGCUCAUAGCACAGUCCAUUGGUCAGGCAUUCAGCGUGGCCUACCAGGAAUUCCUCAGAGCCAAUGGGAUCAACCCAGAGGACUUGAGUCAGAAAGAGUACAGCGACAUCAUCAACACACAGGAGAUGUACAACGAUGAUCUCAUCCACUUCUCAAACUCUGACAACUGCAAAGAGUUGCAGCUCGAGAAACAGAAGGGAGAGAUUCUGGGCAUAGUUAUUGUGGAGUCUGGCUGGGGCUCCAUUCUGCCCACAGUGAUCCUGGCUAACAUGAUGAAUGGAGGCCCUGCCGCCCGUUCUGGGAAGCUUAGCAUCGGUGACCAGAUCAUGUCAAUCAACAACACCAGCCUGGUGGGGCUGCCUCUCGCCACCUGUCAGGGAAUCAUCAAGGGCCUGAAAAAUCAGGUGCAGGUGAAGUUGAAUAUUGUGAGCUGCCCUCCUGUAACCACAGUUCUCAUUAAGAGACCAGACCUCAAGUACCAGCUGGGUUUCAGUGUGCAGAAUGGCAUUAUUUGUAGUCUAAUGCGAGGGGGGAUCGCAGAGAGAGGAGGGGUGAGGGUUGGCCAUCGCAUCAUUGAGAUAAACGGUCAAAGUGUUGUGGCCACGGCACAUGAGAAGAUUGUCCAAGCCCUCUCCAAUUCUGUGGGCGAGAUACAUAUGAAGACUAUGCCAGCCGCCAUGUUUAGACUCUUAACUGGGCAGGAGACUCCUAUAUAUAUAUGAAUUCAGCUGAGAUAAAUGGCCCUGGGCACACAGAGCUUAGAGAAAUGCUUGAAUGCAGCAGUCACCUUUCACCCUCACCAAAAAUAACUCCUAUCAAUUGUGCUGUCUGAUAACAUUACUUAAGAGGUACAGUGUGUCAUUUCUGGAUAAUAUGAAUCAUUUUGAUGAUUUGUAACGUCUGAUCUUGGGGUGUAUACAUCUCAAGUCCUUUCUUUAUAAUGUGUGUGUGUUGGGGGGGGGGUUGUACAUUUCAUUUUUACUACCCUUGUUUAAUUUAUUUGCAAUUAUGUUUGUGUGUGGAUGUUGUUGGAGAGAUGCAAGUUUCUUUUGUAAAUAUGUAAUCGUUAUAUCAGUAUCAGAAAGGAAUGGAAAAGCCAGAGUGAGAAGUCUAGACAGUACAUGUCCAAAAUUCAAGCCAAGUGGCCAUUCAAAGAGCAUAGAUUGUCACUGAAUCUCAAAUGCGCUCACAUGCACUGAAUCAAUACACUUUCCCUACACAACAGAUGACUGUAGUCCUAGUGCCCAUUACAUGUAUAGACCUUUGAACCUUUUGCCGCAAAUGAUUCUUUGGCAUAACACAGUUUUUGAAAUCUGCUCAGUAAGUACAUGUGUAAUCAAGACUCAGCAUAAAAUGAACUUUGCAAGACUCACAGUUAUCAGCAGUUGUGCACAUGCAGGGACUUUUUCAACAAGGAAAAAAAUUUCCAUAUUGUCAGCAUUCAUCAAUGAAUAAAUCUCAUUUAGUGGGAAUUAAAGACUUAACUGAGCAAAUUUUGAGAGUAGUUUUUUUUACACACAAAAUGAACAAAUCUUUUGUAAAAUACCAGAUGUAAACAAUUUCUGGACUUCUCCCAUGCUGUUAUAAUCAGCCAUUCUCUUGCCAUGCUGUAAAUGAGUUUUGUUUCAAACGCAUAAACAUUGUAUGAAAUUUAAGAGUUUAUUUUUUAUGUGUGCUUUUUUUUGUGUAUGCCCAGCUGCACCUCAUUUGAGUCAGUGGUGAAUGUAAUAGUGUUGUUAACAGUGUGUCCACGUCCUUAAGCAGUAUUAGAAUGUCUGUACAUAAACGUUAAACCUUGUUUAGUACUGUGUCAUGUAGGAAUCACUAUUAGUCCCAUUUCAUCUUUGUGAGGCUUUGGCCUUCAGAAAAUAUGACGACACUGUGACCAAAAGCCUUACCACUGCGUAAGAAAGCUUUUGAAAAUGAAUUGUAAUUAAAAAAAAAAAAAAAGAAAUGUGAAACAACUAAUAAUACAUGAACAUGAGUACAUGUCUGCAUGCAUCUUAAAAAGACACUAUGGCAAAAUAAUAAUAAAGUGUAAUAUAAGCCCUUCA